GAGGAAUCGAUAGAUGGCUCUGGUGGCAGGGUAAAGAAUGGUCUUGAGUGUCGGCGAGCAGUCAAGUUUGAGGCCUUCUCGAGGUAGACGUGUUCUCCCAUCAGGCAGGUGACUUGGAAACUGACAAUUGAAAGCGUCACAUUGCAGGGUGAGUCCAGAGUUCGAAUCCCUUAGUGCAAAGAAUUUGUAGCAUCAUAAAGGUGACAAGUUGAGACUUCAUAAACGCAAGGAUACAUGAUGCUGUGCAAGGAAACAGCUGAUGGCACCAUCAUACAAGCUCAUCUACUUCAAUGCCCGUGGGAAAGCAGAGCACAUUCGGUUCAUUUUUGCAUAUGCAGGAGUGAAUUAUGAAGAUGAACGUAUCAGUCAAGAAAAAUGGCCUGAACUGAAACGGAAAAUGCCGUUUGGGAUGUUACCGGUUCUGGAGAUAGACGGAAAGCCCGUAGGACAGUCCAACGCAAUCGCCCGUUACCUGGCAAAGCAGUGUGGGCUGGCCGGUCGUGAUGAGUGGGAAAGCCUGCAGUGUGACAUGCUAGUUGAUACACUUACUGACCUUAAACAAGAACUGUUCCAGUACAGGAUGGAACCAGACCAGUUCAAGAAGGAAGAACGGAAGAUAGUUCUCAUGAAGGAGAAGAUCCCAUUUUACCUCAACAAAUUUGAGAAGGUGGUAACAGAGAACAGGGGGUAUUCGGUCGGAGGAGCACUGACGUGGACAGAUUUCGUGUUUGCUGUAUCACUGGAGAACUUUGAACUAAUAUUUGGAAAGGAAUCUUUAGACCGGUACCCAUCUUUAAGAGCUUUAAAAGAAAAGGUGUUCAAUUUGCCAAGCAUACAAGGCUGGCUACAGAAGAGACCAGCAACAGAUUUCUGAAGAUCUGGCCUUGUCAAGUAUCCUGCAGCAUACUGCAAUUUGGUAUAUCUCAAAUCAUGAGCAUACUGAUUCAUUACACAUGUUUGUGUUGCACUGUCACAAGAAGGAAUGCUGUUCAAAUUUUAAACAUCAUGUUAGUUGUGAGGAAUCCGGUGCAGCAUGGAACCUCACUUCAGACACAGAAAUUUCACUAACUCAAAUUUGUAACUGAAUUGACAAAACUUAAAGCUCACCUUACAAUUACAAACAAAUAUAAUACUGAAGCUCAUACUGUUAAUCAAUGUCUACAACUCUAUAAAACAUACUUUCCAUACACUAAUGAUCUGUAGUCACUCUUCAGUGAAGUAGUGCUUUCAACUAUUGAAAGUGUUAAAAGUGGAGACUUCUGAAAUUUGGAAAUGAUCCCUGAAAUCCCAAAUCAAAGCUUGAUACCAUCUGCCCACUCAAAUAUCUCUCUCCUAUUUUUUUCUUUCUUAUUACCAAAUACAGGGAUUCCAGAACACAAGUCUCAAAAAUAAUACCAAAUUGAAAUAAUUCAUCAGUCUAUAGACCAUGAGAUAGUUUGCCUUUAUCAACUCGACUGAUUGCACUGUAAUGACAAGAAAUAUUAUUUACUUACCAACUCUUUCUAGACAGCAUCUGAAUAUAAAACCUGAAAAGAGAACAAAUAAUUUCUCUGAAACAUUGAAAUAUUACGAGUGCAGUCAUUGGAUAUUUGAAGCUCAUAUUCCUCAGAUGCAGAUUUUGUUUACUGCCAUUUAUUGGCAGUCAUGAUGAAGAUUAAGAAAUCAUAAUAUUGAAAUAUGAAACAUAAUUUAAAAAUGGGAAAGUUUCUUAAUAACAUAAAGUUAUGGCUGAAGUACUGAACAUGUUACUGUAAAGAAAACUUGAAAAUUUUUGAUAUUAUGGUAAUAUUAAGAAUGACACUGGUUACUCAAGUUAUAAGAAAUGAAGUGUAAUAACAAUGUCUAUACACAUCUUAACAAAUUUAUAAUAUUAGAUUACAUAUCAAGAUACCGUAACAUAUUUGGUCUGCUAGUUCCUGAUUGUGAUCAGUUAUUUUGUACUUAAAAUAUUAGUGCUCCAUUUAACUCUAGCUCUGUAGCAAUAAACAUCUCACAACCUACUUUUCAGUUUUAAAAAUUAUUAAAAUAUGCCUAGUCAAAAUUCGUACAAUAAUUCAGAAUAGAAAAAGGCUAUAUAUAUAGUUUUAUACUUAAUAUUAUAAUUAUUUUAAAUUAUUACUAAGAAAGACUUAUAUAAUUUCAUUUGAGAAAGUAUUUGACAUUCCACCUUUCAAAACAUUAAUUAAUACCAAUUUAUACACUGGAAUGUAUAUCUACUUAUAUAUUUGAUAUAAUUUUACUGAAUUACCUACAUAAAAAUAUUAGAAGUUUUGUGGAUCCAUGUCCCAAACAAUCCAAUCUUUAAUUCUGGAAACAACAAACACUUGAUUUUCAUUAAACAGUUUUAAUACUGUAGAAAACCACUGUCCUUAACCUAAUGUUCAAAGCUGCUACAGCAUGGACCAGGCCCUUCCUUUUCCCUGAAGCUCUGGUCCACUCUAACAUGAUGAUGGCAGUUCUUUAAACUGGACCCAUACUGUCUGAGACUAUAUGUAAUAUAAACAGUUUUAGAAUUAAGUCGGUUUUGAGGUUUUCACAGCAAUGAGUCUGAAGAUAGCUGUCUUCUGGGUUGUUGUCCCAUGUAGUCUGGUAGAAGUUUACUGACGUUUCAGAGGUCCUUGCUCCCUCCAUAGGGCAAUCAUCACCCAGAAGACAGCCAUCUUCAGUUUUGGAAUUAUUGAACCUGGAGGGUGGCUGAUAACAAUCAAAAGAAUGUGAGGAAAGAGAAUAAUGGUAUGAAUAUAAGAAAUAGUUCAAUUUACUUUUGUGAAAAGUCAGAAAUAAUUUCAUUUGCCAACAUGUAGCAGAUGUGUCCUUUUACCAAGCCAACGAACAAAAGUUAUGGCCACAAAAUUAGUACAACUGUUUCAUAUUUUGGUGAUGUACUCCCUGCUCUGUGCAUGAACCACUGCCUAAAUGUUAUCAGUUACAUAUACUUUUCUGUGUGAUCACACAGAAGCAAUCCUUCAAAGUGACUUUCCCACAGCACAGUAUUUUCAAUUGUAAUAUACAAAGGGGAAAGGUAGUGUGUCAUUUUCAGGAACCAAAUCUGCACAUAACAGGUGAACUGCUUGUAGCAUGAUCUAUUUCAUUGAUGGUGAAAGAAUAUUCUAAUAAUUAAGAAAGGAUAGCGUAUAUUUAUGUGUGUACAGUACAAGUUUAAAUGUUGAUCACAUGUUAUAGAAUGUGGUAUAAACACAAUUAAAUUACUUAGAUUAUAUAAAACUAAACUGGCUGUUGUAAAUGGCUGAAUUCAACUAAUGGAUUGUUCAUAACAUAGUACUGCAGAGAAUCAUAUUUUCUGCAUAGAUUUAAAAUAAUACAUUAAGGAUAUAGUACUUAUUAAAAUAUUUUUCCAUUGUGGGUUGAAUAAAUAAAUUAUAUAAUUUUCAUAGAAAUUGUAAGCUAAUAUUUUGUGUUAGAUAUUUUUAUGUGAAAUAACUCAUGUAGUCUGUAUUUUGCCAGAAGUUAGGGAACAAAUAUAUUAAUGUGCAACACUGUAUAGCUGAAUAAAAAGUCUUUUGUUUUCUAAGA